AAGGCCCAUUGACGUCACUGGCAGGCUUUGAUUGGUGUUUCGCGGUUUCCGGUGGGCAGACGUUCAAGCGCCUGAGAAGAAUAAAGAGUUUCUGUUGCCGACGCUGAAUAACGGAAUAACGGAAUCACGCAGAAACCGAGUCGCGUUUCAAAGGCUCGGUCAAAGGUCAGAUCCAGCAUGGCGUCAGGCAACGUGAGCAGCGAGGAGGAGAAGAGUCUGAGGGAAUGUGAGCUAUAUGUGCAGAAGCACAACGUCCAGCAGCUGCUGAAGGACUGCAUCGUCCAGCUGUGCACCUCGCGGCCCGACAGACCCAUGGCCUUCCUCAGAGAACACUUCGAAAGGCUAGAAAAGGAGGAAGCUAAGCAGCUGUUAAACCAGCAGAAGGCCAGCUCUCGCUCAGACUCUCGUGAAGAUGAGGUGUCUCCUCCCAUGAACCCGGUGGUGAAGGGCCGCAGACGGAGAGGAGCCAUCAGCGCCGAGGUCUACACCGAGGAGGACGCCGCCUCCUAUGUCAGGAAGGUCAUUCCUAAAGACUACAAAACCAUGGCUGCUCUCGCCAAAGCCAUCGAAAAGAAUGUGCUCUUCUCUCAUCUGGACGACAAUGAAAGAAGUGACAUAUUUGAUGCCAUGUUUCCAGUUACCUACAUCGCAGGAGAGACUGUCAUCCAGCAAGGUGAUGAGGGGGAUAACUUCUAUGUCAUCGAUCAGGGUGAAAUGGAUGUGUAUGUGAACAGUGAGUGGGCCACCAGCAUCGGCGAGGGCGGCAGCUUCGGAGAGCUGGCUCUGAUCUACGGCACCCCGAGAGCAGCCACCGUCAGAGCCAAGACCAACGCCAAGCUCUGGGGCAUCGACAGAGACAGCUACAGGAGAAUACUGAUGGGAAGCACACUGAGGAAGAGGAAGAUGUACGAGGAGUUCUUGAGCAAAGUCUCUAUUUUAGAGUCUCUGGAUAAGUGGGAGCGUCUGACUGUGGCUGAUGCUCUGGAGCCGGUGCAGUUCGAGGACGGCCAGAAGAUCGUGGUUCAGGGAGAACCAGGGGACGAGUUCUUCAUCAUCCUGGAGGGAUGUGCAGCCGUUCUGCAGCGCAGGUCAGAGAAUGAGGAGUUUGUAGAGGUCGGCCGGUUAGGACCGUCAGACUACUUCGGUGAGAUCGCUCUGCUGAUGAACCGACCCCGUGCAGCUACCGUGGUCGCCCGCGGCCCGCUCAAAUGCGUUAAGCUGGACAGGCCGCGGUUUGAGCGUGUGCUGGGACCAUGUUCAGACAUCCUCAAACGCAACAUCCAACAGUACAACAGCUUCGUGUCGCUCUCCGUCUGAGAGCUUUACCGCAGGGUCCACCUCACCAUUUAUAGCUUCACGUUUACACGCAUUCCCAGACUCACUAGUGCUUCAUUAAGUGCUUCCCAUGCGACUGUCCCGUCAGCCCAGAGCUUUAACAGCCGCUUCCAUCGUCAGACGAAAGGCCAGACAAUCAAACGUACGUUCCUCCAAUCAAAUCACAGCCUUUACUCUGCAGUGUUUUUACCUUUAACUUAAAGCGGUAAAUGAAAACGGCAUAAAUAUAUUUAUAUUAGAGUUAUUCUAAAAGCGUUAGUUUUAUAAGGUGAUCUGACUACAUAUAACAGAGUAAGACAGACGAGUGUUUGGCUGUACUGGUUAUAUUCUUUAACCUUACUGCCUCAUUUCCCUACAUGGAGAAAAAGCAGGCAGGAACAUGAACAUGUAUGCUGUUUUAUUUCUUCUCAUCAUUCCAGCACACACUCUCACUCUUUGGGUUUCAGUUGCUUGUAGUAGUAACCAAUGAAGCUGUUCCUGUGCAGUAUCUAAACGUUUAUUAUAAGAGAAACUGAUUUUUAAAUGGAUAUCUCCUCGAAACCAUAGUAGUUUCUGUUCUGUUACGAUGCCGGUGCCAAACGUUGGACAGAGCCUCGCGUCUUGACUUGAACUGAGCUUCUAGAG